CAUUCUCUUCCGGGGCGGCUGUGUGCGGGUGUCAUGGCCUCCGUGUACGACGAGGUGGCGAUCCUCCAGGGCCGCCUCCAGCGCGAGAAGCAUGGGGACAAGGUUUUAAAGAUUUUGAAGAAACUGCACGCUUUGCCAGUCACGGUUGAGAUUUUGGCGGAAACGGGCGUUGGAAAAUCGGUGAACUCUCUGCGUAAAGAUCCACGCGUGGGUGACGUGGCACGAGCGCUGGUCCUGGAAUGGAAGAAGCUGGUGCCCCAGGAUGAAUGUGCGCCCCGUCCCAUCUCCCAUCGGAGUGUGGAGCAUGGCAGGAGAGACCAGCGGUAUCCCGAGUACACAGCGGAGAACGCUCCAAGUGGCAAGUAUUCCCAGGAGGGCGACGGGGACUCGGACAUGGAAGACAGAGCGCCUCCACAAAGCUUUGUGCGUCAGGAUCACGCGGCCCACAACAAUAUCGUCCACAAGCGACAUGCGAACAAGGGCGGUGCGUGCGACAUGAGGACCGUAAAGACAGUGUCCAGAGAGGGACUCCACACCACGUCAAAAUCAAACAGCUCUGAGGACUUGACAGAAAAAUCCGAGCUUCCCACGCCAUCACUGGGAAAGAGCACACAAAAGCAGAAACACACGUCUGGGGAUGGGAGAACAAAACACAAGGCAAGCAGGACUGAGCAGCAAACAGACAUUCCCAGCACCAGAGCCGAGUUCAGCAGCAGAGAUUCUCGAAAGGAAAGUAAGAUGAAGCCUGAGAGGCAAGUGGCUCCGAGACAUUCCAAGGGCUCUCUGCUGAGCGAUGAUGACUUUGACAGUCCCACCAUGCCCUUUGAGUCCUACCUCAGCUACGACCAGCCACAGAAGAAAAAGAAAAAAAGAUGUAAUGAGGAGCCGGUUGGUGAGAAACUGUGGCGCAGCAUGGCGCCGGCAGCAGAGGCAGUGGACCGAGCGAAGGGGGAUGGCAGUGCGGAGUGUGUGGAGCCAGUGCCUGAAAGGGCAUCGAGGAAACAGCCAGCAAACUCGGAAGGUCAGCGGAGACUCGAGAACCCCUCCUGUGCCUCCAGAUCCAAUAAGCACAAGUACGAGGUGGUGCCCUCGCUUCCGGACAUCACGCUGCCCCUCAUUCAACCGAACUACCGGCCCCUGCCCUCGGCAGAGCUCCUUGAGCUCUCACCACAAAAGAAGAAAGUGUUGCAGAGCUCUGUGGCUCCACUGGAGGAUGGCUUCACAGGGAAACGCCUGAACAGCAAGAUGGCUGUGUACUCGGGCACCAAGACGGCCUUCUUACCCAAGAUGAUGUCGCUGUACGAGCAAUGCCUGCGCGUGCUGCAGAACAACAUCGACUCCAUUCACGAGGUUGGCGGGGUGCCCUAUGACAUACUGGUGCCAGUGCUGCUGCGUUGCACGCCGGAGCAGCUCUACCGCAUUGAAGACUGCAACCCGAGCUUUGUGGAGGAGACGACUGAGCUGUGGGCGGGACACUGCGCGCGAGAUUUCCGCAACGAGACGAGGCAGGAGUACGAAUCGUGGCGAGAGCUGUACCUGCGCAAGUACGAAGAGCGGGAAGCACGCCUCAAGCGACUCACCCAGUCCAUCAGCAGCACCCACUCCAGCAAACCUAAAGGGCGCCAGGUCAAGUUGGCAUUUGUGAACACAACGGUGAAGCCACCGCGUGAUGUGCGCCGUAAACAGGAGCGUCACGGCACGGGGCGUCCCACGCCUUUCGGUGCUACCGAGCGCUUACGGGACAAGAAUCCUGUUGCCUUGGUUCCGUUGGGUGGGGAGGGUCAUGCAAUGGCGAGUGCAGGUGGGAACUCCGAUGGGACAUCCGUUCGACCGCGCUCGCUCAGCCCAGUCCCAGGACCCUCCUCAUCUGGGUCAUCAGCAGGCGGAGAUAAGAGACAAGUCAAAAAAGUCGCACCGAUGAUGGCAAAGACCCUGAAAGCUUUCAAGAACCGUUUUGGCAGGAGGUAGACGUGUGGCGUGGAGGGAAAAGCCGUGCGAAGCGUAGGCGCAGGACGGCGCCUGCACCUGGCAACGCUGCCGUGCUGCUUGAGCCCUGGGCCCCAGCCCUGCUCCUCGAACUGCUGCACCACUACACACAUUCGGGCUGGCACUUCAAAUUUUAGUUUUUAAAACUUUUUUUAAUUUAAACACAUUUUUAAUAUCCAUAAAGGCUAUCAUUAAGAAACUGUAAUGUGAAUCAAUGUUUGCAGUUUUCAUCAUGAAGUAAUCAAGUGAGAUGCAAACGAUGGGGGAAGUUAUAAGGAAGCACCUGGCUGCCUGCUGUUUCUUCAUCACUCGGACCGAUGCUUCAUGCUGGUCAAUCGUAGACGCUGCCGCUCUCUAAUAAUGGUGCCGUUUUUUCACUGAAGGAACGCAAGAGACCCGAUAUCGUUAUAUUUAAUGUGGCAAAGGAAAUUAUUGUUGUCUUUAAAGAGAUGGUUGGUGGCCAUCUGCGCUUGUGAUUGCAAACCGGGAGACCCUAAUACAUUUCCCGAGGCAAAAUGCCACGAAGAUUACAACUCGCACUAAAACUGUACCUAGAGAAUGCUGCAGCGUCUUUAGGUUUCCGUUUUGUUACCCCUUCAACUGCGGUGCGUGUGGACAGAGAGGCUUGCCCAUACUUCCCUGUGAUGCGUGAACGUCCAUGGGGCCUCGGAAGGGCUCGGGAAGGCAGUGCAUUGGAACGUCCGAUGUCGGUCAUUUUCACAAUGGAACAGCUGAGCCCGGCCAAACGUGUAGACAUGUUACACCGUGGUGUAAAGUGUAACUUAAUACAUUGUAAAAUAAAAACACGAAUCGUA